UGGGCUUAUAUAAAUGUCAAAUCCACAUUUUCCCUUUCUCACAUUUUCUCCUUCUCUCUCCGAUCCUACACUUCCACUUCUCAACUCCUCUCCCAAUUUUUUGACUCUCAUCUUUGAGACAGACAUGGCCACAGCCGGUAAGGUCAUCAAGUGUAAGGCAGCAGUGGCCUGGGAGCCCAACAAGCCUUUGGUGAUCGAGGAGAUCGAGGUGGCGCCUCCUCAGGCCAAUGAGAUCCGCAUCAAGAUGGUGGCCACUGGGGUGUGCCACACAGACCUGUACCACCUGUUUGAGAGUAUGCAUAAAGACGGCUUCCCGGCAGUCCUGGGCCAUGAGGGAGCUGGCAUAGUAGAGAGCGUCGGCCCUGGCGUCACUGAAUUUCAGCCAGGAAACAAGGUUAUACCUUUGUUCAUCUCCCAGUGCGGAGAAUGCCGCUUCUGUAAGAGUCCCAAGACCAACCAGUGUGAAAAAGGAUGGGCUGCUGCUCAUAUAGGAGAGAUGGCAUUAGCUGACUCCAGGUUUACCUGUAAGGGCAAGAAGGUGCUGCAGUUUAUGGGAACCAGCACCUUCUCUGAGUACACUGUGAUGAACCAGAUAGCUGUGGCUAAGAUCGACCCUGCUGCUCCUCUGGACAAGGUCUGCCUCCUCGGCUGUGGCAUCUGCACCGGAUAUGGAGCAGCAGUUAAUACUGCUAAGGUGGAACCAGGCUCCACGUGUGCUGUGUUUGGCCUGGGAGCUGUGGGUUUGGCUGCAGUCAUGGGCUGCAAGUCUGCAGGAGCUAAGAGGAUCAUUGCUGUUGACAUCAAUCCAGAGAAGUUUGAGAAGGCCAAAGUGUUUGGUGCAACCGACUUCGUGAACCCCAAAGAUCACAAUAAAUCCAUUGACAAGGUGCUGUCUGACAUGACCAACGGAGGAGUGGACUACUCCCUGGAAUGUACUGGCAAUGUGGCAGUCAUGCGCAGUGCCUUGGAGUCUUGUGUGAAAGGUUGGGGCGUCAGCGUGAUUGUUGGAUGGACAGACAUGAACGAUUUUGCUGCCCGACCCAUUCAGCUCAUCAGUGGACGCACAUGGAAGGGAUCCCUGUUUGGAGGAUUCAAGAGUAAGGAUGGCGUACCUCAGAUGGUCAAAGCCUACCUGGACAAGAAGGUGAAGCUGGAUGAGUUCAUCACUCACAACAUGACUUUGGCCCAGGUCAACAACGCAAUUGAACUGAUGAAGCGCGGCCAGUGCAUCCGGACAGUUCUGAGUAUUUCUCCACAGUGAGACCACUGCGUUGUCUUCAGUGAUAAGGAAAUCAUUCUCAGUCAUCAUCUGUAGCCUCGUCAUGCCAAGUUCUUUCAGCCCGUGCACAACAUAUGUAUGUGACCUUGAUCUGAUCGUUCAACAGAUCGUGUGCAGAUUGCGGUCGUAAAAAUCAUUAUCAGGGUUUGUACCAAAAAUAUCAAGAGCACAUGUGGAGAAAAAUAAAUUCCAAACGGAUCA